UAUUAUAAGUUGUUUGUAUAUACUACUCACUACUCAACUCAACCAUGGCCAUGGCCUCACUGAAAAUACUCGAGGAAACUCAUGUGGCUCCAUAUAGUGUCACCACCACCACCACCAACUUCACUCUCCCAUUAACCAGCUUCGACACCUACUGGUUCAAAUUCCCACCAGCCCAAUGUCUAUUUCUCUAUUCUCUUCCCAAAGACACUACAUUUUUCUUGAACUCUCUUCUCCCAAAACUCAAACACUCACUCUCUCUCACACUCCAACACUUUCUACCUCUAGCCGGAAAGCUAACAUGGCCUCAACAUUCCCCCAAACCAGUAGCUCUCUACACACCGGGCGACGUCGUUUCACUCACAAUCGCCGAAUCCAAUGCUGACUUUGACACCCUUUCUGGAAACAAACCCUUCCAUGCCUCAAAGGUUCGACCUUUGGUUUCUCCAUUACAUGUUUCGGAAACAGGGGUUUCGAUAAUGGCUCUUCAAAUCACUGUUUUCCCUAAUAAGGGAUUUUGUAUUGGCCUCACUAACCAUCAUGGUCUUGUAGAUGGGAAAUCCGCCGCUAUGUUUAUGAAAUCGUGGGCUUACUUAACUAAAGAGAAUAAUCCGCCAUUGUUACCGGAGAAGCUUACACCGUUUUAUGAUCGGACCGUUAUAAAAGACCCAUCUGGGUUUGAAAUGAAGGUCUUGAAUUAUAUAAUAGGGGACAAUCCUGGAUCAACGUCCUCAGAUUGUAGAAACAACCCAAAACUGUUUGAAUUUGAAUCGUUUCAAAGCUCUGAUCUUGAUGAAUUAUAUAGAGCCAUUUUCGAACUAAGUCGAUCAGAUAUAGAUAAACUCCGUCGAAAGGUGUCAAAUUCAAAUCCAAAUAACCUUCAUUUAUCCUCUGUUGUUCUUACUUACGCUUACAUAUUCGAUUGUUUUCUCAAAGCAACAAAUGAAGAUAAAACUAAAAGUAAAGUCUUUAUAAUAUUGGCGGCCGAUUACCGUAAUCGUUUGACACCUCCGGUGCCGGAAAAUUACUUGGGCAAUUGUGUGGUAGCCAAGAUCAAUUUCGACGACAUGAGGGAGCACGUGAUCGGUAAGGAGAAAGAGGGGGUGGACUCAUUCACUGCUAUUGUGAUGAUAGUAAGUGAUUUAGUGAAAAGUGUGGGAAAAGAAAAGGAUUUAUAUUGCGAAAUAGAGAAUGAAAUAGUGACUUUCCCGGCGACGGAGUCUGAUAAUUCUUGCCACGUUGGAGUAGCUGGGUCGCCGAGUUUGGGCUUUUACAAUACAGAUUUUGGAUGGGGUCGUCCUGAAAAAUUUGUUGUGGUUUCUAUAGAGAAUGGUGCCAUUUCAAUGGCGGAAUGUGGAGAUGGAAGUGGUGGCAUUGAGGUUGGUUUAGUUUUGAAGAAGCAUCAAAUGGAUCAUUUUGCUUCCCUCUUCCACAAUGGUCUUUCCCAUAAUAAUAAUAUUGUUUGAUUUUGUUUACUACAAUCUAAAGAUUAUUAUUUUGAUGGAGUUCACAUCUAAAGGUGCAUCUUAUUUUUCGGCAAACCAUCACAAAAUAACUAAUUUCAGGAUGAAUUUCAGGAUGGGUCAGCUCCUGAGAAAUUUUUACGAGAAGUGUGCGAGUGAGAAUAAAACACGCUAAAAAGACUCAUGUUAGUUUAUAAGGUCAGUCAUUAGUGCAUGAAGCAGCCAGAGUAACGUAUUUUGAUUUUAUAUAUUGAUCGAUUUUUGUUACUUAUUUGGAUGAGUUACUUUUAAAGUUUUAGAUUCAGUCUAAUAUUGUUGUAUGUGUUUUAAUGCUUUAAGAUACAUUUAAAUUUUA